AUUUCUCAAGACAUCAUGUUCGGUCAUCGCAAGUCUUGGAGCACCUCUUCCUCAUCGGAAUUCAAGUUAUUUCCGCUGAAUAGAGCAGCACUCUCCAUUCGCUCGGGCGGGAACAAGAACCAGGGCGGCUCCUCACAAGGGGGUUCGCGCCGUGGCUUCACCUUCUCCAGCCUGCGCGGAGCCGGCCAGCCUGAGCUGUCCAAGAGACUCUUCCGCCUCAUCAAGACCCAGAACAACCUCAUCGGCGCCUACGAAGCCGCCGGCAAAGAGCGUCUUUCCGUUGGCACACAGCUCUCCGACUGGGGCGAACAGACGGGCGAUGAUGCCAUCUCCGAGCUUUCCGACAAGGUCGGUGUGUUGCUCAGUGAGUUGGGCGAGCAGGAGGAUGUCUACGCGCACAACCUGGACGAUGCCAGGUCUGUUUUGAAGACGAUCCGAAACACGGAGAAGAGCGUCCAGCCGAGCAGGGACAACAGACAGAAGAUCCAGGAUGAGAUUCACAAGCUCAAGAUGAAGGAGCCAGAGAACACGCGACUGGUGGUCUUGGAGCAGGAGCUGGUUAGAGCAGAGGCGGAGAACCUGGUGGCCGAGGCCCAACUUACCAAUAUCACUCGCCAAAAGCUCAAGGAGGCUUACGCCGCGGAGUUCGCUGCCACCAUCGAGCGCGCAGAGAAGCAGAUCAUUCUCGCCCGCCACGGCCGCCGCAUGCUGAACCUCCUCGAUGACACUCCAGUCAUUCCAGGCGACACUCGUCCCCAGUUCGAGCACGUCGACCAAGCUCGCCAGAUCCUCAACGACGCCGAGGAGGACUUGCGCGACUGGCGCCUUGAGGCCGAGGACGUUCCCGUUUCAAACCAGAUUGAUUCGAACCUGAUGCCCACCAGUGUAAGAGCUGACACCAGCUAUGAAGGCGAGGAAACUUUGCAGACUAUCCCAUCAGUCGAUGAGAGCCGAACCCAAGGAGGCACCUACCUUCCCCACGGCACGACAUUGGUGGGUGGAGGAAGCUCGAGCGGCGCAACGAACGGACAAGGCGGAGCUUCGAAGCCGAGGGCGACCUUUGUUGAGGAUGUUGACACCCCUAAUGUGACUAGAGAGAGAGCUGAGGUGGUUUGAAUUUCAUCAAUAAUGGGCGGUGGAGGAAGAAGAUGGAGAGGGAUGAAAGGGCGUUUGGAAUGGAGAAGGCAUCCUUCUUCGUGGGGACUCGGACUCGUUGCUUACGACCAUAUCACGAAUGGUUUUAAUUAUUGUGCUGCUGUUUCCGUAGAGAUAGUCUUUCUAGUAAGAAAUUGUAUAUUAUAAAAUGAG